CGCCUCUACCGCCGGGAUGUCCGCGCACAGCCUGCUCAAUAGCGUCUUCUCGUGCUCUUCUUCGCCGGCGCCCGGCGCCCCGUCCUCCUCCGCCGCCUCCUCCUCCAAGAGCCUGUCCAAGCGAAGGCUCCGCCAGACCCGCAGCUUGGACCCCGCCGUGAUUGGCCGUUCGGGCGGGGAAGAAGCGGCGGCGGAGAGCUCAGCCCGCACUUCCCGGGCCAGGGCGGUGGGUAGUCCCUCGGCGGAAUGCUUGGCGGCCUUUUCGUCGCGCGCCCUGCUGCGCCCGGCCGGCGGCGGGGCGCCGCAGCAGGGCUCCUUCUCGCUCUCCACGCCCAGCACGCCGCUGGACAAGUCGCCCUCGGGCAGCUUCCACUUCGAUUACGAGAGCCCUCGAGGCAAGCGGCACACGGCGUGGGAGCUGCCUUUCCUGGCGCGCGCGCCUUCCGCCUCGGCUCUCAGCAGCGCCCCCGGCGGCGGCGGCGGCGCCAACAGCAUCUUUUUUUCGCCCAGAAAGUGGCUCCAGCAAAGGAAGGGCCCGCAGCUGUCCAGCAGCCACCCCUGCGCGUACGUCGUGUGGAAAUCCGAGGGUGACUUCACUUGGAACAGCAUGUCAGGACGCAGUGUUCGGCUGAAGUCUGUUCCUGUUCAAAGCCUUUCGGAAUUGGAGCGUGCCCGGCUACAGGAAGUGGCCUUUUAUCAGUUGCAGCAGGACUGCGACCUGGGAUGUCAGAUAACUAUUCCUAAAGAUGGUCAAAAGAGGAAGAAAUCAUUACGAAAGAAACUGGAUUCCCUUGGAAAGGAAAAAAACAAAGAUAAAGAAUUCGUACCCCAGGCUUUUGGAAUGCCUUUAUCACAAGUAAUAGCCAACGACCGGGCCUACAAACUGAAGCAGGAUACUCACAGAGAAGAGCAGAGGGAUGUUUCAGAAUUUGUGGCCUCUCUUUUACCAUUUGGGAGUAAAAGACAGAACAAAGAACUCUCAAGUAGUAACUCAUCUCUUAGCUCCACCUCGGAAACGCCAAAUGAAUCUACUACGCCUAACACACCCGAAGCAGCUCCACGGGCAAGGAGGAGAGGUGCAAUGUCCGUAGACUCCAUUACCGAUCUUGAUGACAGCCAGUCUCGUCUGCUAGAAGCUCUACAGCUAUCGUUGCCUGCUGAAGCUCAGAGCAAGAAAGAAAAAUCUAGGGAUAAGAAGUUAAGCCUCAAUCCUAUUUACAGGCAGGUUCCUCGGCUUGUAGAUAGCUGCUGCCAGCACUUAGAAAAACAUGGUCUUCAAACAGUGGGCAUAUUUCGAGUUGGGAGCUCAAAAAAGAGAGUAAGACAGUUACGUGAGGAGUUUGACCGUGGUGUGGAUGUCAUGUUGGAUGAAGAACACAGCAUUCAUGAUGUAGCUGCUUUAUUAAAGGAAUUCCUUCGUGACAUGCCUGACCCGCUCUUGACUAGGGAGCUUUAUACUCCUUUUAUCAACACGCUCUUAUUAGAGGCCCAUGAACAACUAAGCACUCUGCAACUUCUUAUUUAUCUUCUACCUCCCUGCAACUGUGACACCUUACACCGGCUCCUCCACUUCCUUGCCACUGUAGCGAGCCAUGCAGAAGAUAGGAUAGACCAAGAUAGCCAGGAGAUCCCGGGCAACAAAAUGACGUCACUCAACCUAGCCACUAUAUUUGGACCUAAUCUCUUGCACAAGCAGAAGACGACAGACAAAGAAUUCACCGUUCAAAGUACAGCACGUGCUGAGGAGAGUACGGCCAUUAUUGCUGUUGUACAAAAGAUGAUAGAAAACUACGAAACACUUUUCAUGGUCCCUGCUGACCUUCAAAAUGAAGUUCUGAUUAGUCUGCUUGAGACUGACCCAGACGUUGUAGACUAUUUGCUGAGAAGGAAAGCUUCCCAGUCAUCAAGCCCUGAAAUUCUCCAGUCAGAGGGUUCGUUCUCCAUGGAAGGCAGACAUUCGUCCAUAGACUCAAAUAGAGCCUCAAGUGGUGACAUCUCACCUUAUGACAACAAUUCCCCAGUGCUUUCAGAACGGUCUCUUUUGGGAAUGCAAGACGAUAUGUCCCUCAGUUCCGAUAAGUUAUUUAAAGUACCAGAACAAUGCACAUUGGUCAGCAAUUUUCAGCCCAAAUCAAGAGAGAAUUCCCUUGGAUCAUGGCUUGGGAAAGUAGAUGCUUCAGAAGACUAUUUUGACAUCUGGGGAACGUGGCAUUCAACGCUGAAAAGUAGUUCCAAAGAUCUAGGAAUGACAGGGUCAUAUGGAGACAUCUAUGAGAGCAAUUCACUGCGGCCGGGGCAGUGUUCUCUUUCUCAAGGGAACUUAUCGCUGCCUUCCCCUCAGUGGCAGGGGAGCAACGCAGAAUUAGAUAACGGAAAACAAGUCAUGCGAAGGAGCCAGACUACGGCUGCCCUUCCUGAAUGUCGCCCUCAUCCCCCCCUCUCUCGGGUUUGCAGCACCCCACAAAUGGUAGCUGGCAGAAGGGAUUCCAACCAGUCCAAUUCGGAGCAGCCUUUGCCUGUGAGUGACGCAGGGCGCCUUGCAGGGCAUGACUCAGACACAGCUUGUUUGCACAGCACAGCGAAGCCCUGGUACGUGAAGCAAGCCGAAGCCCUCCGGAAAGAGAGGCCGCCACCGCCUUACCCUGACAAAGCGAGGCAAAGCUCCACCUCGCCCCUCCAGCCUGCAGAGCAUUCGUUGUGGAGGCUGCGGAGGCCGGAAUCCCGCCCAGGGGCCGUGGGAGCCAGAGUAAUGACUCAGCUGCCUGAACAGCCCACCCUGUGUGAGGAGCAGCAGGACCCCACGGAGGGGAAGCGCCCCGCUCCGGACCGGGAGCAGAACAGUAAAAAACUGUCAGAGCCAGACUGGCAUGAUUGGCAAAGGGAUCGAUGGCAAAUUUGGGAGAUUUUAUCACCUGACAAUCCAGACUCUCUCCCUGAAACGUUAGUAUGAGUAGAGCGACGCCAGCAGUGCCCGUGCUUUUCCCAGCUAGGGAAGGAAUGGUACUGGUAGACUGGAUUCCAGCUUUGUUUUAUACCAAGCAAUUGUCAUUUAACUUUCUUAAAAACCAUGUUCACUUUAUAAAGAAUUUGAAAAGCACUGUAAAAUUUCUGAACAAUUUUUUCCCCUGGUUUUGUAAUUGUCACGAGAAGGAAAAAUGAGGUGACAAUUCCAGCCCUAACCACUCUGUAAAAUAUAAGCUGUACGUACGAUAAAACUACAGCCUUGAUGUUGCUAAGAUGUAUUUAUGUAUCUGCAGUUCAGAUGAUUGUAUAUUCUGCAAAUGUUUUUUUGGUAUGGUAGUAUUGUGUUCAUAUGCAGGAGAUGAACAACCUUUACUGCUUUUUUAAAAAAUAAUAAUAAUAGUAGUAAUAAUAAUCACUGCACUUAGUAACAUUACCACGAGAUGCAUUGAGGUUCUAUUGGAAGUGCACAAGCAGGUUUCUGUGCUUUUAACAUAUUUUCACUGACUACAAAAAACACUAAUGUGGAAUGAAAACAUUAAAAGCCAUAUAUUUUAUACUGAGCAAGUUAGAGGGGAAGAGUGUCUACCGUAUUAUUUGCUUGCAAGUAAAAUUUUAAAUUUGAUGCAAUAUGGUAAAAUAUAUAUAUAUAUUUAGACUAUUAGAAAGAAAUUCAGUUAAUCUUUCAGAGGAAAGGCCGUGCCUACACAAAACAAAGGGAACCCAAAGAUCCUUCCACCCAUUCCAGAUCAAUUGCAAUUUUAUAAACACAGUAUAUAAUAUAUAUUUAUAAAUAUAUGUUUUUAAAGCAAAUGGGAUUCCAAAUUAAUAACUAAAAUAAGUGAUUCCCUUUUUUUUAAAGUAACAAAGCCUUCAGUAUUAGGACAACCCUGACAAGUAUUUACAGGAUCCCUCGUAUAGAUUCCAGAGUGAAUAUGACUGUUUUGCAUAAAAUUGUGCCAAAACUGCAAUGUUGUAUUGUUCAAUACGUGUUGAUGUUCAAUACAAGUCAUAGCUAAACUGCAAAAAUAUUUGGGGCCAGCAGGUGGCAAUAUGUUGCCAUUUUAAGCAUUGUUGCUUUUUCACUUAACAAGGGAAAGGUUUACCUAAGACAUUCUUAUAAAUAUGCUUGUCUUAAUUUUAAUGAAAUUAAAGACUUUUCCAGUGAUGUCUUUAAGUUAUAUCAUGUGCCACA